AUGGUCACCCUCUUUUCUCGCAAAGUUGAUCAUCGGGCUGUCGCAUUUGAUGAGAAUUGUGGCGGUUUACGUGUAACUGUUUCUCGUUCACCUCCCUUACAGUCGCCACAUAUAAUGUCAUCAUCAUCUUCUCGACGUCGUUAUAAAUCACCGUCUUAUUCCAAUCAACGUUAUCGUCAUGAGCAUAAUCGUCGUUAUGAUCAUAAACAUCAGCAUCCCCCUUCUCGAAAUAAACCAACUGAUACAUCGUUUAUUUAUCAGCAAACAUCCGACUAUCAUCGACCACAUUCGCAUCAAAUCAGUCAUUCAUCUCGAGAAGUCGACAUCGAUGAUAUUAACCGAGAAAAUUUGCAUGGAGAUUAUGGUUAUCGAAGCAGAUCAAGAAGUCGACAUAGAAGAAUAUUACCAUCUGAGAAUAUUGUUAAACGUCUUGAUCAUUCUACACCAAGAAUUAUUACACCUGAAACUACAAUACAAUCCUCUGUUGUGACUCCUGUUCAAAAGGAAUCGUCAAUGUUAGGUUUUUUACAAACAUUAGGUUUAGAUCCACAAUUAAUGAAAACAAUCACAAAUUCUUCUACAAAUACGACGACGGCAACAAAUAAUAUAGAAAAAAGCAAACAAUCUGUAGUUGCAUCGUCGAAAACGGCUCCAGUCAAUAAUGGAAACGUCAAUGUGCAUGAUUUUGCAUCGUUUUUAUCCAAAAGUUUUGGUUUAGAAAAAAAUUUCACAAAAAUUGAGGAUAAAUCGAAACAAAGAGUUGAUCAAAAGAAAGAAAAAUCACCAUCAUCUACCUCAAAAAGUAAAUGA